AUGGCAUCAGACGAUUCCACGUCAAGAAUUACAUCUGGAGCAUCGAUUUCCUCUUUCACAUGGUCGAGAACUCCAAUGUCAAGUUUGAAGCUGGCGGUGGAGAGAUUUGACGGUACUGGUCAUUUCGACAUGUGGCAAGACGAGGUCAUAGACUCCCUUUUCCAACAGGGUCUUGACAUUGCCAUUGAAGAAAAAAAAUCAGAUGACAUAGAAGAGAAGAAGUGGAGUACUAUAAAUUGGACAUUAGAGGAGAAAUUUCUGAAAAAGAGUGGUCAGAAUAAAGUUCUUAUGAAGAAAAGAUUGUUCCGAUUCGAUUACCAAUCAGGUACUAUUAUGAAUGAACACAUCACUAUGUUUAAUCAGUUAGUAGCAGACCUGUUAAAUUUAGAUGUGAAAUUUGAAGAUGAAGAUUUGGCUUUGAUGUUGUUGUUAUCCCUUCUUGAUGAAUUUGAACAUUUGGAAUCUACGUUACUUCAUGGGAAGGAGAAUGUGUCUUUAGAUGCUGUAUGUUCUGUUUUGUAUAGUCAUGAAUGA